CCACCACCGCCGCCCCUCCAGCCCCUGCCAGCUCCCGGGCACCAUGCGAGCCGCUCCGAGCCUCCGCAGCCACGGCGUCUGCCUGCUGCUAGCCGCGAUCCUGGACCUGGCGCGCGGCUACCUGACGGUCAACAUUGAGCCCCUUCCCCCUGUGGUGGCUGGGGAUGCUGUGACUUUGAAGUGUAACUUCAAGACAGACGGUCGCAUGCGUGAGAUCGUGUGGUACCGGGUGACGGAUGGCGGUACCAUCAAGCAGAAGAUCUUCACGUUCGACGCCAUGUUCUCCACCAACUACUCGCACAUGGAGAACUACCGCAAGCGCGAGGACCUCGUGUACCAGUCCACCGUGAGGCUGCCUGAGGUCAGAAUCUCCGACAACGGUCCCUACGAGUGCCACGUGGGCAUCUACGACCGCGCCACCCGGGAGAAGGUGGUCCUUGCUUCAGGCAACAUCUUCCUCAACGUCAUGGCUCCUCCCACCUCCAUCGAAGUGCUGGCUGCUGGCUCUCCCGCCCCCUUUAGCCGCUACCAAGCCCAGAAUUUCACGCUGGUCUGCAUCGUGUCUGGAGGGAAACCAGCCCCCAUGGUCUAUUUCAAACGGGACGGAGAGCCCAUCGACGCGGUGCCCCUGUCAGAGCUGCCUUCGGCCAGCUCCGGCCCCCUCCAUGACAGUAGACCUUUCCGAAGUCUCCUGCACCGGGACCUGGAUGACACCAAGAUGCAGAAGUCACUGUCUCUCCUGGACACUGAGUACCGGGCUGGGCGUCCCUACACAGAACGUCCCCCCCGCAGCUUGACACCAGACCCCAGCCUCAUCCUGCAGCCCACCACAGAAAACAUCCCAGAGACAGUUGUGAGCCGCGAGUUCCCCCGCUGGGUGCACAGCGCCGAGCCCGUGUACUUCCUACGACACAGUCGCACCCCGGGCAGCGAUGGCACUGUGGAGGUGCGCGCACUGCUCACCUGGACCCUCAACCCACAGAUCGACAACGAGGCCCUCUUCAGCUGUGAGGUCAAACACCCGGCUCUGUCCAUGCCCAUGCAAGCGGAAGUCACACUGGUUGCCCCCAAAGGACCCAAAAUUGUGAUGACACCCAGCAGAGCUCGUGUCGGCGACACGGUGAGGAUUCUGGUGCACGGAUUUCAGAAUGAGGUCUUCCCGGAGCCCAUGUUUACGUGGACGCGGGUGGGCAGCCGCCUCCUGGAUGGUAGUGCCGAGUUCGACGGGAAGGAGCUGGUGUUGGAGAGAGUGCCUGCCGAGCUCAAUGGCUCCAUGUACCGCUGCACAGCCCAGAACCCUCUGGGCUCCACGGACACGCACACCCGGCUCAUUGUGUUCGAAAAUCCAAAUAUCCCAAGAGGAACCGAGGACUCCAAUGGUUCCUCCUCCGGCCCCUCUGGCGUCCGGCUUACCCUGGUGCUCACCCUGACAGUGGUCCUGGAGCUGACGUGAAGACGUGGCCUCCUCCCUGGCGGCGCUUCAGCGGCCUGACGUCCCUGCGAUCGGAUUUCCUUUCUUUUCUAAACUAUUUCCAGUCUUGUUCUUCUUCCUUGUGUCUGUGUCUUGGCUUCUUCAUCAGGUUUAAUUAAAACAAACAGACCACUCCCCCCACCUCA